GAAACGUAUUUUUGUUUUUAAAAACAAGUACGUAAGCUAAAGAUAAAUAUUGUUUAUUGCUAUUAAACAUAAUACAAUGUUAUUUCCUCAAACAAUAACCCAAAUUUGCAACUCUGAAGAACAAUUGACGAAAAUUGAAAUGAUAAUCAUGCGACCUUACGAAAAAAUUAUAAAAGAAGUAGCUGCAAGUCAUGGAUUGCAGACAGAGGCGCAAAGGAAUUGACGGUAUCACACAAGAAGAAGAUAAAUUCAACAAUUUUCUAACGAGGUGCACAAGAACAGCGUUACAUAUGCGAAAAAAGGGUUUUAUACCUCAAGACAAAAUAACUAUUUGUACAUUUAAUACAUUAAAUAGUGCAGUACCAUUAAUAGCAUCAUUUUUUACUGGAGUUAUCCCGUCAACAAUUGACCCCACAUUCUCAGUAGAUGAUUGCAAAUAUUUUCUUCAAAUGCUGAAACCGAAAGCUAUUUUUGUCGGUUCAGAUUCAGUUGAUUUAAUUGUUAAGAGUCUUAAGGCGAGCAAUUUGGAAUCAAAAAUUAUUGUGCUCGGCCCUUCCAACGAUUAUGAAUCUUUCGAAAAUUAUUUAGCUCCAAUCGAUGGGGAAGAAUCAUUUGAGCCACACGAUGCCAUAAAUUGGAAAGACACUGCUAUGAUUCUUUUCAGCAGUGGAACCACUGGUAAACCAAAAGGAAUUUGCAUAAACCAUAGUUUCCUUGUCAACAUUGCCCAGUCGUCAUUACNCGGUUUAACUGUUGCAAACAUUUUUCUUGGAUUUAUCAAAGUGGUUUACCCGAGAUAUGAUGGUCCUGCAAACUUUUGCAAAGUUGCAGAAAAGUGCAAGAUUGCAGAUCUAACAACUGGAGAAUCAUUGGGACCCUAUCAAGAGGGUGAGAUUUGCGUAGGGGGUGCUUACAGAAUGAAUGGUUACUACAACUUUAUUUCGCCUGACACAUAUGACCCUGAAGGUUUCACCAGAACUGGUGAUAUCGGAUAUUACGAUGAAGAUGAAUACAUUUAUAUUGUUGAUCGAUGCAAAGAAAUGCUCAAAUAUAAAUCAUUUCCAGUAAGUCCCGCUUCCAUAGAAGACGUUUUAUCUCGUCAUCCGGCUGUUAAGCAAUCUAUUGUUGUUGGCAUUCCCCACGAAGUAGACGGAGAUCAUCCGGUUGCUUUAGUUGUACUCAACAACGGCAUGACAAUCGAUCCGACGGAAAUUAAAAAAUUCGUCGAUGAUAAAGUUGAUGAUCGCAAAAGGCUAAGGGGAGGUGUAAAAAUUAUUAAAGAAAUACCUUUAAGUCCUACAGGCAAACCAGACCGAAGNUCGCCAAAAUUAGUUUCUCUAUAG